AUGAUCCAGAUACUUGGAGAAAUUGGGGUAGUCGCGAAACCCAAAAAUCGUGAAACCAAAAAAGUUAAUAUCGGUGUUCCUAAUACUUGGAGAAAUUGGGGUAGUUGUGAAACCAAAAAAGUUAAUACCGAUGAUCCUAAUACUUGGAGGAAUUGGGGCAGUCGUGAAACCAAAAAAGUUAAUAUCGACGAUCCUAAUACUUGGAGAAAUUGGAGCAGUCGUGAAACCAAAAAAGUUAAUACUGAUGAUCCUAAUACAUGGAGAAAUUGGGGCAGUCGUGAAACCAAUAAAGUUAAUAGCGAUGAUCCUAAUACAUGGAGAAAUUGGGGCAGUCAUAAAACCAAAAAAGUUAAUACCGAUGAUCCUAAUACAUGGACACAUUGGGGUAGUCGUGAAACCAAAAAAGUUAAUACCGCUGAUUCUAAUACUUGGAGAAAUUGGGGUAGUCGUGAAAUAAAAAAUGUUAAUAUCGGUGAUCCUAAUACUUUGAGAAAUUGGAGUAGUCGUGAAACCAAAAAAGUCAAUACUGAUUAUCCUAAUACUUGGAGAAAUUGGGGUAGUCGUGAAACCAAAAAACUUAAUACCGAUGAUCCUAAUACUUGUCGUGAAACCAAAAAAGUUAAUACCGAUAAUCCUAAUACAUGGAGAAAUUGGGGCAGUCGUGAAACCAAUAAAGUUAAUACCGAUGACCCUAAUACAUGGAGAAAUUGGGGCAGUCGUGAAACCAAUAAAGUUAAUACCGAUGAUCCUAAUACAUGGAGAAAUUGGGGCAGUCAUGAAACCAAAAAAGUUAAUACCGAUGUCCUAAUACAUGGACACAUUGAGGUAGUCGUGAAACCAAAAAGUUAA